AUGGGCGUGGGCGUGAUGGAGGGGAUGAAGCCGGUGGCGGCGAUGGUGGUGGUGCAGUUCGUGUUCGCCGGCGUCAACAUCUUCUACAAGCUGGCCGUGAGCGACGGCAUGGACAUGCGGGUCCUCGUCGCCUACCGCUUCCUCUUCGCCUCCGCCGUCCUCUCGCCCAUCGCAUACUUCGUCGAGAGGAAGAAGCGAACCAAGGUGACGUGGCGAGUCCUGCUGCUCUCCUUCGUCUGCGGGCUCUGUGGGGGCUCGCUGGCCCAGAACCUCUACAUCUCCGGCAUGAAGCUCACCUCCGCCACCUUCGCCUCCGCCAUGACCAACCUCAUCCCGGCCAUCACCUUCGUGCUCGCCGUGCUCUUCCGCUACGAGCGCCUCGCCAUCCGCACUCUCGCCGGCCUGGCCAAGGUCACUGGCACGCUGCUCGGCGUCGGCGGCGCCAUGCUGCUCACCUUCUACAAGGGCGCCCAGGUCACCCCCUGGCCACCCACCCACAUCAACCUCGCAGCCCAGCUCGCCGCCCGGCACCAACACGAGGAACAUGCCUCCUCCUCCCUUCACCCGGACAGCGGCAACCGCGCCAUGGGCUGCCUGCUCUGCACCGGCAGCUGCUUCUUCUACGCGCUCUGGCUCAUCCUGCAGGCCCGGCUCAGCCGGGAGUACCCCUUCCACUACUCCACCACGGCGCUCAUGUGUGGCAUGAGCGCGCUCCAGUCCGCCGCCUUUGCGCUCUGCUUCGACCGGGACCUCAUCCAGUGGCGCCUCUCCUCCGGUGUCCACCUACUCGCCGUCCUCUACACCGGCGUGGUCGCCUCGGGGGUCAUGCUCGUGGUGCUCUCCUGGUGCGUCAAGCGCCGGGGCCCCCUCUUCGCGUCCGUCUUCAACCCCAUGAUGCUGGUGGUGGUGGCCGUGUUGAGCUCGCUCCUGCUCGGCGAGGAGCUGCACCUCGGCAGCGUGCUCGGCGCCGUGCUCAUCGUGCUGGGCCUCUACUCCGUGCUCUGGGGAAAAGGCCGCGAGGCCGUGGAGCACGAGCCGGCCAAGGCCCGCGCCGCUGGCACCGAGCUGCCGCACAUCGACAUCGUCGUGCAUCGCCAUGAUCCUCCUCCGACGCCGCAGCAGCAGAGCACGGAGCCGGGGCCGGCGCGGUAA